GUCACAGGUCAACCGGCUCCGCAAGGUCAGCCAAACCGCCGAUGAGGAUUCGAACCGAUACGACACGGUGCGCUUUUCGACCCGACACCGCUCCGUAACCAACUAUGACGAGACCGCGCUCGACCACGAGCUUGGUUUUGACGAGGAGGAGGUUGACUAUGAAAAGUCGCGGAAGAAGCGGAAGAUGCAGGGCAUUGUCGAGCGGACUGACGAUGAGGGAAGGGUUAUCGAGCAAAUCAUGGAUCACCGCAUCGUUACGGUUCAGAGUCCUGACAGCCCCAACAGCCAGCAAAGCGAUGAUGACGGUAUGCUGCAAGACGAUCCCAGCGACAAGCCCGCAGUGAUCGAGUAUCUGAUCAAGUGGAAAGGAUGGUCGCAUCGGCACAACUCUUGGGAGACGAUUGAGGGCUUGGCCAAAUACAAGGGGCUCAAGAAAGUCGAAAACUACCGCAAGCUGCUGGAGCAGCAAGCCAACGAGGAUGAUGGCGAGUGGGUUGAUAUCAAGAAGGAGAUGCGCCAGAACUACCUGAAAGACCUAUGUGCUGUCGAGCGCAUUAUUGCGAGCCGGCAAGUGGAUCCGUCGUCGCACAACCCGCAUGGCGGAACCGAGUAUCUGUGCAAGUGGAAGCAUCUUGAAUACGAACACGCCACGUGGGAGCCCGAGGCCGACAUCCAGAAGGAGUUCCAAGCCGAUAUCGACGCCUUCCUGGCGCGGCAGCAGAACAACUUUGGCCCUCACAAGAGCGUGCAGUAUCCCAAGGGGCGGCCCGAGUUCAAAAAGUUCGACCAGCCCGACUACAUCCAAGGCGGCGAUCUCCGCGACUACCAGAUCAUCGGCGUCAACUGGAUGGCGUAUCUCUGGCAUCGCAACGAGAACGGUAUCCUGGCAGACGAGAUGGGCUUGGGCAAGACCGUCCAGGCCAUCUCGUUCAUGACAUAUCUGUUCAACUCUAUGCAAGUCUAUGGCCCCUUCCUGAUCGUCGUUCCCUUGUCGACAAUCAGCUCGUGGCAGAAGGAGCUUGGUCACUGGGCUCCGUACUUCAACACCGUGGUCUAUCUCGGCAGCGCCAACUCGAAGCAAAUCAUCCGCGACCACGAGUUCUAUAUGCCCAUCAAGACCAAGGAGCCGCGGCUCAAGUUCAACGUGCUGCUGACCACAUACGAGGGCAUCCUCAACGACAAGGGCGAGCUUGGAAAUAUCCGAUGGGCAUUCCUUGGCGUUGAUGAAGCCCAUCGACUCAAGAAUCAAGACUCGCAGCUCCAUCAGGUUUUAAACCAGUACCACACCGGCAGCCGCCUGCUCAUCACGGGCACGCCGCUGCAGAACACUGUCAAGGAGCUCGUGGCCCUGGUCCAGUUCCUGAUGCCCGACAAGUUCUCCGAGUUUGCCGACUUUGACAUCACCGUCGGCCAGGAGGGCCAGGAAGAGCGUAUCAACGAGCUGCAGAGCAAACUCAAGGACCACAUGCUGCGGCGGCUCAAAAAGGACGUUGAAAAGUCGAUGCCGACCAAGACCGAGCGCAUUCUGCGCGUCGACCUCUCUCCCAUGCAGCUCAACUUUUACAAGGCUAUCUUCACAAAGAACUUUACGCUGCUGAGUCGCGGCGUGAACGACAAGUCGUUCCUGCGCAACAUUUUGGUUGAACUAAAGAAGGCCAGCAACCACCCGUAUCUGUUCGAUGGGGCCGAGCCGCGGGACCAGUCGCCUGAGGAGCAGCUUCGGGGGCUCAUCAUGAACUCGGGCAAGAUGGUGCUACUGGACAAGUUGCUGGUGCGCCUGCGUGAAGGCGGCCACCGUGUCCUCAUCUUCUCGCAGAUGGUGCGGAUGCUCGACAUUCUCUCCGACUACCUGACCUUCCGACACUAUCCGUUCCAGCGGCUGGACGGCAGCAUUCCGAGUGAGCGACGAAAGAUUGCUAUGGAGCAGUUCAAUGCGCCGAAUAGUGUUGAUUUUGCCUUUCUGCUGAGUACUCGUGCCGGUGGCCUUGGCCUCAACCUCGAAACCGCCGACACAGUCAUUAUCUUUGAUUCGGACUGGAACCCGCAGAACGAUCUUCAAGCCAUGGCCCGCGCCCACCGUAUUGGCCAGAAGAAAACUGUCAACAUCUACCGGUUCGUGUCGAAAGAUACGGUCGAGGAAGAAGUCUUGGAGCGUGCCAAGCGGAAAAUGGUUCUGGAAUAUUGUAUCAUCAAGCAGAUGGAUACUUCUGGAGAGACUCUGAUCGACAAGAGUCAUGUCUCCAAAAAGGACGAAACCAGCAAGGAGGAGCUGCAGACCAUCCUUCGCUUUGGUGCCCAGAACCUGUUCAAGCAACACAGCGAAGAAGGCGAGGAGGGCGCCCAGGGCCCCUCCAACAAGCUUGAGGAAAUGAACCUCGACGAGAUCCUGUCGCGGGCCGAACAUCAGGUCACCGAGGGCGAGGCUCAAGGUGCAACCGAAGGUAGCGCCGAGUUCCUGGAGCAGUGGCGAGUUGCCGACGUCGAGGUCAACCAGCUCAACUGGGACGAUAUUAUACCAGAGCAGGAGCGCCGGCAGGCCAUUGCGGCGGAGGAGGAAGAGCGCCGGAAGGCCGAGCUCGAGAUGUUGAUUCCCCGGCAGGCCCGAGUCCAGGGCAUGACCUACAUCAACGACGGCGUCGACGGCGCUGACGACGACGACGAUCAGUCCAAGAAGCGCAAGCGGCGGUCGGCCAGCGGCGCCAAGAAGAAGGCCAAGCGCAGCAGCGGCACUGAGUCCGAUGCCACCACGCUCACCGAGAAGGACGUUCGCGCGCUCUACAAGGCGCUGCUUCGCUUCGGCGACGUCGAAGAACGGUACGACGACAUUGCCAAGGACGCCGAGCUCGAGGACAAGGACCCCGAGUUUGUCACAGCCACCCUGAAUCGGCUGAUCGACGCCUGCAUCGAGGCCCUGGGCUUCACCGGCACCGACCGCGAUCCGACCCUCAAGACCAAAAGCAAGAUGGUUCCGGUGACAUUCGAGGGCGUGAGCCCCAUCAAUGCUGGGCAGGUUGUGCAGCGUGUCCGCGAUCUAACGACCCUCAAUCAGCGCAUGAAGGAAAUCAAGAACCACGACGGCUUCCGACUCAACUCCGAGAUCAAGCCCGUCCGCGACUGGAAGUGCACGUGGCUGCCCAAGGACGAUGCCAUGCUGCUGGUUGGCAUAUACCGGCACGGGUUUGGCUCGUGGGACCUGAUCCAGCAAGACUCAAGUCUGGGCUUCAAGCACAAGUUCUUCCUGUCUACCUCAGGCGAGGACGAGACCGCAGCCCAAAACGGCAACGAAAAGGGCGAGAAAAACCUGCCAAAGAGCCUGCACCUUCAGCGCCGUGGCGAGUAUCUGCUCAAGGUACUCAAGGAGGAGCAGGAGCUCCGGAAGCUUGUCCGGUCGGAUGGCCCUGCCAGGAAGGCCGCGGCGACGGCAAAGCGACCCAGCCUCUCGAGCAAGAUCAGGGCCAAAGGGGAUGUCGAGGCCUCGCCCAACGGCUCUGCGGACAAGCCAGGCGACAAGAACUCGCGCAAGCGUCACCCCCGAGCCGAGCGCACCCCCUCCAAAGACAGCCAGAACCGUGCUCGUCGGAGAGAUACCGAUGGCGGCCCGGUUUCCAAUGCAGAUGCGUCCAUGUCCGAGGCAACAGGCUCGUCCCGGGCGGGCAAGCCGUCGGCCGGCCGCCGCAGCGACAGUGAAUCAGACGGCUCGUCGCUCUCCGAGUCCAUGGAUGAGCUGGAAUGCAAGGAGAUUAUGCGCCCCGUGCGGGCCGAGCUGAAGGGGCUGAACAAAAAGUCGAACGAUCUGUCACGGCAGCAAAAGGCUCUGUUUAUCAAGACUUGCAUGGGCAAGAUUGGCGGCCACAUCGAGGAGGUCAUCCGCGCGAUAGCAGAUGGCAAGCUCCGAGCUGCCCGCGAGCGACACCUGUGGAAAUUUGCGAGCUGGUUCUGGCCGACGACAAUCUCAGCCGAGAAGUUCCGCGAGCUCUACCUGAAGGUGGCUGCCUCGACACCAACCGUCGCCUCGUUGCCUGAGCCCGUAGCCAGCGCCAGCGCCCAUGCCAAUGCCAAUCCCAAUGCCAAGGCCAAUGCCAAUCCCAAUCCCAAUGUCAAUUCUAAUGCUAAUGCUAACACCGGCAACGACGAUCGGACCGACGACUCAAAGCGAAGCGAGCGAGCGGUGGUACCGGACAGCCCAGCCUUGCCCAAGAAGCGCGAAGCCGAGCGCAAGACCGACGCCGAGCAACCCAAGAACACCGCGGUUGUCACGAUCAAGGAACGAAACCCCGACGACAUCAAACGCAAGCGCGAGCGAGAGCGGUCGCCUGAUCGAUCGAGCAAGUCCCGACAGAAGCCGCGCCACCGCCCAUCCCGCAGCCGAUCGCGGUCUCGCAGCCCGCACAGACGCUCAUCCGAUGGCGGCCGUCGACGCUCGCGAUCGAGGGAGCGAAGCACAGAUCGCAAGUCUGAAAGCCGACGCCGAGAGCGCAGCCGGAGUGCCGAGCGAACUCGACGAGACAGCGCCCACACCCCUGUCAAGACCACAGCCAAAGACGGCAAAGGCGACGCGGGCAAGGAUAUCCACAGCCACAACGAUCACCAGAGCAGCACUCCGGAACACCACCGGUCGUCCUCUGCUGCUGACCACGGCGACGCCGCCAAGGCCCAUGACGACGGCAAGGAUAAGUCCCGAAGCAAAGAGAAGGACCGUGAGCGCGAUCGAGAGCGCGACCGAGACCGAGACCGAGAUCGAGACCACCGGGAUCGAGAUCACCGUGAACGGGAUCGCGAGCGCGACCGGGAGCAUAAGGAGAAGGACUCUCACCGCGAUCGAGAUCGGGACUCUCACCGCGAGAAGGACCGGGGCGAUAGCCAUCGCGACAAGGACCGGGACCGGGAGAAGACCAGGGACCGCGACCGGCCCCGCGACCGCGAUCGAGAAAAGAGCAGCCACGAGCGGGACCGAGACCGAGCCCGGGACAAAGACCGAGACCGCGAGAAGGAUCGAGACCGAGCCAAGGACCGAGAGCGCGAGAAAGAGCAUCACCGGAACCGAGAUCGCGAUGAGAAGGGCAAGGACAACAAGGAUAGCGAGAAGGGGCCAGACCAGGAGAGGAGCCGGGAUAGAGCUUGACCGCACGCCACUCAACACGAGCGAGCGCACCUGUCGAAACUACGGUCGUACCCCCCAAUACAGAUGCACUCGCGAAGCAGGCAGCCCGUGCUCAUGAUCGUGCACGGUGUGGUGUGAUGUGGUGUUGAUGAUGGAAUCCCGAACGGAGUGCAGCGCUCGCAGGCCAGUCAGAGUAG